AGCGGAAGGCGGGGUCGCCAUGGCAGCGCGGAAGCGGAAGUCGCGGGCGAUGGCGGCGGGCGGCGCGGCGCUGUGGCGGCGGCUCUCGGCCUGGCUGCCGCGGGGCCGCCUCGGCCUGGCCGCGCUGCUCGGCCGCCUCUCCGACCGCCUCUCCCGCGGCCGCGACCGCCGCGCCCGCAGAUCAUCAUGGCUCCUUCUAGCCCCACUGCUCACCCCUCCUGUCCCAGUGAUCACAACCCCACCAUGUUCCCUCUGUCCAGAAGGAGCACACAGGUUCCAGUGGAUCAGGAACCUGGUCCCAGAGUUUGGGAUCUCCAGCUCGCACGUCAAGGUGCUUUCGUCCCCGGCGGAAUUCUAUGAACUCCUGAAGGUGCAGAUAAGAGCAGCCAAGCAGCGGGUGGUGAUGGCCUCACUGUACCUGGGAACAGGACUCCUUGAGCAGGAGCUGGUGUAUUGCUUAGAAGAAACACUGGAGAAAUCACUGCAAGCAAAAGACUCACCCAACCUCAGAGUUUCCAUUCUGCUCGACUACACCAGGGGCUCCCGGGGCAGGAAGAACUCUCGAACAAUGCUGAUCCCGUUGCUGCAGCGAUUUCCUGGGCAAGUCCGCGUGUCCCUGUUCCACACCCCGAACCUGCGGGGGCUGCUCCGGCUGCUGAUCCCUGAGCGCUUCAACGAGACCAUUGGGCUGCAGCACAUCAAGGUCUAUCUCUUUGAUGACAAUGUGAUCCUGAGCGGUGCAAACCUGAGUGAUCUGUACUUCACCAAUCGUCAGGACCGCUACGUCCUGCUGCAGGACUCUCCCGAGAUUGCAGACUUCUUCACAGAGCUCGUGGAUGCCAUUGGAGACGUGUCCCUGCAGCUGCAGCAGGAUGACACAGUCCAGAUGAUGGAGGGAAUGGUACACCCAUACCAGGGAGACAAAGUGGCUUACUGUGAGAUUGCCAACCGGAGGGUCAUGGAGGUCAUCAACUCUGCCCGCACACGGCAAGAGCUCCUUCAUGCAAAGACUUUCCACAGCAGCCAGCCAGGCAGCUCCCUCUUAUCCCAGCAGGGCUCUCCAGCACCUGAGAGUCUGAAACCAGAGCCUGACACCUGGAUCUACCCCUUAAUCCAAAUGAAGCCGUUUGGGAUUCAGAUAGACGAGAUGGUCACAGAGACACUGCUGACAGAGGCUGAGCGGGAUGCCAGGAUUUACCUCACCACUGGCUACUUCAACUUGACUCAGGCCUACAUGGACCUCAUCCUGGGCACGAGGGCUGAGUACCGCAUCCUCCUGGCCUCGCCAGAGGUCAAUGGCUUUUUUGGUGCCAAAGGGGUGGCAGGUGCCAUCCCUGCUGCCUAUGUUUACAUUGAACAGCAGUUUUACAGUGAGGUCUGCGACCUGCAGCAGCAGCAGAGGGUGCAGCUACAGGAGUACUCCCGUGCUGGGUGGACCUUCCAUGCCAAAGGCCUCUGGCUGUACCUGGCAGGGAGCAACCUGCCCUGCCUGACCUUGAUUGGCUCUCCAAAUUUCGGCUAUCGGUCCGUGCAUCGCGACUUGGAAGCUCAGGUUGCCAUAGUGACAGAGAGCAGAGCCUUGCAGCAGCAGCUGCACCAGGAGCAAGAGCAGCUUUACCUCUGCUCAGGUGUGGUCUCAACAUCAACAUUUGAGCAGCCAAAUCGUUAUGUGAAACUGUGGGUGAAGCUGGUGACACCUCUGAUCAAGAAUUUCUUUUGAAAGAACAAAAAUUGCUGUUUUAGCCAGACACAUGCAGGAGCGUGAGGAGUUUCUGCUCAGUUCACACUGAGCCGUCACACAGAGCUGUGGGAAGAUGGAGAGCCAGAAGAGGGAAAGGACUCAGGCCCUUGUGUGCAGUUGUUCUGUCUGGCUUCCCACGGUGGUCUGGCUCCCCACCAGCUCCACGUCAGAAACCACCAGUGGAAAACCAGUAUCCACCCUGAGAACCCCGUGUGCUGUGAGAGCAGGCUCCACACAGCAGCUUCCAGCUCUGGUUUUAUUGAUACUUUGCUAAAAUGGUUCUGGUACAAUCAAACAUAGACUGAGUUACACAACUUGGAGGUUUUUACAAGUAAAAAUAUUGCUGUUUUUCAUUGCCAUUAAAAAGUCUAGGCCUCUAGGAGCAGAGCCACACCAGCCAGGACCCACUUGGCAGCUUUUUCCUUCGUCUUCAGGUUGAAGGUCCAGACGUAGGUGGGCCCUCGCGACCGUGUCUUGUAGACAGGACACUCGUAGACGUUGGUGGUGUCCAUGCGGUCCACGGGGAUGGCUCUGAGCAGGAUCACGGGCACCUCGGGGGUCAGCUCCUUCAUGCGUGCGUCCGCGAUGGAGCCGGCCGCCACGUCCCAGCGCGCGCCUGCCGUGCACACGGGCACUGCUAGCACUGACUGCUCCCUGCACGAGCACUGACUGCUCCCUGCCUGGGCACUGACUGCUCCCAGGGCACUGACACCUCCCCAGGGCACUGCCAGCUCCAUCCCUGGGGCACUGCCAGCUCCUUCAUGCGCGCGUCCGCGAUGGAGCCGGCCGCCACGUCCCAGCGCGCGCCUGCCGUGCACACGGGCACUGCUAGCACUGACUGCUCCCUGCAUGAGCACUGACUGCUCCCUGCCUGGGCACUGACUGCUCCCUGCACGAGCACUGACUGCUCCCCAGGGCAUUGACACCUCCCCAGGACACUGACUGCUCCCUGCCUGGGCACUGACUGCUCCCCAGGGCACUGACACGUCCCCAGGACACUGACAGCUCCCUCCCUGAGCACUGACACCUCCCCAGGGCACUGACAGCUCCCUGGGGCACUGCUGACACUGACUGCUCCCUCCCCAGGGCAGUGACUGCUUCUUGGGCACUGACAGCUCCCUGGGAUGUCAGAGCUGCUGAUGUGGGGAGCUCAAAGGUUAGGGUUGGGUAGAGUGGCUCCAUGGUUAGGUCUGACAUGUUCUCAUCUCACUGUGACCCAAGACUGCAUUUGCCUUACUGUGUGUGGGAUGUCUGAAUAAAUUCUGUCCCCACCCCUCCUUUCA